AAAUUAUAAAGAAGGAGAAACCUCCCACAAAAUGCUAUCACCGUCUAAGUCUAGAAACAGCCAUAAAAUGCCAAUAUACUCAUCUGACUGCUAAAUCUCCGCCCUUCCUUCCUUAUCACACCCAACACACUCUCUUUUUCCUUUUUAUUUCCCUCUUAUAUUAAUCAUCAUAUAUUCAUCGUCCCUACCAUUUCUCUUCUAUCGGAUUACAGACCUUCACUUCUUAUUUUUUUUCUCAAUGAUUAAUACGCUUUCUUCAUUAUCCUUUCUCUAAAACCACCUUCGUUUUUCAUUUCUUUGUCAGCUUCGCCGGCUCUAUAUAUCGCCCGCCACUUCGUUUUUUUUCCCCUUUAUUCAGUUCAUUAAAGAUCCAUUUUCUUUUUUAUCUUUUACCUCAAAAGCUUGAAAAAAUGGCUCCAAGGAACAGCCGUGGAAAAGCCAAAGGAGAGAAGAAGAAGAAAGAAGAUAAGCUUCUUCCAUUAGCGAUGGAUAUUACCGUACACCUUCCCGAUGAAACCCAUGUUAUUCUCAAGGGAAUAUCAACGGACAAAAUCCUAGACGUUCGUCGUCUUUUGUCGGUAAAAACCGAGACCUGCCACGUCACAAAAUUUUCGUUAUCUCAUGAGGUUAGAGGGCCGCGGUUAAAAGAUGCGGUCGACGUUUCAGCGCUUAAGCCGUGCGUUUUAACUUUGACGGAAGAGGACUACGAUGAAGAAGGUGCGGUGGCGCACGUUAGACGGGUGCUGGAUAUCGUGGCCUGUACUACGUGCUUUGGUCCGUCGGCCACUGCCAAAGAUCAGAUCAAGCCUGACGCUAGCAAGAAUGCGCCGGCUGCGGGGGAGAAGGGCGGUGUCGCCGCCAAGAAAACUGCCGCCAGUACGAAUAAAGAAUCUUUGUCAAAAUCUCCAGCGAAGGACGUACCAGUCAAUAUAGACGGCGAGAUGAGCCAUUCUCGUCCUAAGCUUGGCUCCUUCUAUGAAUUCUUUUCCCUUUCUCAUCUCACUCCUACUCUUCAGUUUAUAAGGAGGACGGCGAAGCGUCAUGUUGAGGAGAUCGCCACUGACGACCAUCUCUUCUCUCUAGAAGUUAAGCUUUGCAAUGGAAAGCUGGUUCACGUGGAAGCUUGCCGCAAAGGAUUUUAUAGCGUUGGGAAGCAGCAGAUCCUUUGUCACAAUCUUGUUGAUUUGUUGCGCCAACUGAGUAGGGCAUUUGAUAAUGCAUACGCUGAUCUCAUGAAAGCAUUUUUGGAACGGAACAAGUUUGCGAAUCUUCCUUAUGGCUUUAGAGCCAAUACAUGGCUUGUACCUCCAAUCGCAGCACAAUCACCUUCAAAUUUCCCACCUCUCCCUACAGAGGAUGAAACAUGGGGGGGCAAUGGAGGCGGUUUAGGAAGAGAUGGCAAAAGUGAUUUGAUACCUUGGGCCAAUGAGUUUUCAUUUAUUGCAUCUAUGCCUUGCAAGACAGCAGAGGAGAGGCAGAUAAGGGACAGGAAAGCAUUCCUUCUUCACAGUCUAUUUGUCGACGUGGCCAUUUUGAGAGCCAUUAAGGCUGUGAAGCAUGUAAUGGAAAAGCUGAAUCCAAGUUCAAUAAAUAAUGAUGAACCUCUUUACUCCAAGAGAGUGGGGGACUUGAAUAUUGCAGUAAUGAAAGAUGCUUCGAAUGCAAGCUGUAAGGUGGACACUAAAAUUGAUGGUAUCCAAGCAAUUGGAUAUCAAAAGAAUUUGCUGGAAAGAAACUUAUUGAAAGGGAUCACAGCUGAUGAAAAUACAGCUGCACACGACAUUUCCACUUUAGGUGUGCUAAAUGUGAGAUACUGUGGCUAUAUUGCCACUGUGAAAGUUGAGAGGAGAGAGAAUCAGCAAAGCAGUUAUCCAUCUCAAAGCAUUGAACUUGAACAGCCUGAAGGCGGGGCCAAUGCCCUCAAUAUUAACAGUUUGAGAUUACUUCUUCACAAAACAAAACCUUCAGAACCCAAUAAGCCAGCUUCACCUUCAAAAAUUCUGGAAUAUGAAGAGCCUAGUUCUUCCCAAAUUUCUGUAGAGGGUUUGCUGGAAGAAAGUAUUGCUAAACUUGAGGAAGAGGAACUCAAACAGGAACCUUUUGUGAGAUGGGAACUCGGAGCCUGCUGGAUACAACAUUUGCAGGAACAAAAAAACACAGAAAAAGAUAAAAAACCAUCCAGGGAGAAGCCCAAGAACGAGAUGAAGGUUGAGGGACUUGGGACACCUCUUAGGUCCCUCAAGAACAAGAAAAAAGCAGAUGGGAAUGUAGGGUCUGGAAACUCGAAUUCUCAUCCAGGCGCUGUUGAAAAAGUAACUGGUGCUCCUAUGGAAUCUACGCUUCAAACCAAUUCAAGAGAUGGUGAACUUGUGUUGAAGAGCAAGUUAUCUGAAGAGGCCUUUGCUCGACUUAAAGAAUCAGAUACUGGACUUCAUUGCAAGUCUUUGCAGGAACUUAUUGACUUGUCACAGAAAUAUUACACUGAAGUUGCUCUUCCGAAAUUGGUUGCAGAUUUCGGGUCUUUGGAACUCUCACCAGUUGAUGGGCGGACCCUUACUGAUUUCAUGCAUACUAGAGGUCUUCAGAUGCGUUCUCUGGGACAUGUUGUCAAGCUUUCCGAAAAGCUAUCGCAUGUGCAGUCACUUUGUAUUCAUGAGAUGAUUGUUCGGGCUUUCAAGCAUGUUGUGCAGGCAGUGAUAGCCACUGUUGUUAACACUGAUAAAAUGGCUGAAUCAAUAGCUUCUGCACUGAACCUACUGCUUGGAGUCCCUGAUAAUGGAGAACUACACAAGUCUUGCAGAAUCCAUUCCCUGGUGUGGAAAUGGUUGCAGCUCUUCUUGAUAAAGCGAUAUGAAUGGGAUAUUAGCAACUUAGAUUUCAAUGAAAUCAGGAAAUUUGCAAUUCUACGUGGAUUAUGCCAUAAGGUAGGAAUUGAGUUGGUUCCACGGGAUUUUGACAUGGAUUCUCCUACCCCGUUCCGACCAUCAGAUGUUGUAAGCCUGAUUCCAGUCCAUAAGGUGAUAAACUCAAAUCAUGGAACAUUUUCUUUCUUCCUCCUGAAAUUUGUUUCAGAAUUUGUUGAUUUUAUCAUUGAUUUGUAUUUUAUUUCUUUUCAGCAAGCAGCAUGCUCAUCUGCUGAUGGAAGGCAACUUUUAGAAUCAUCAAAAACAGCCUUAGAUAAGGGAAAACUCGAAGAUGCAGUGACUUAUGGAACCAAGGCUCUGUCAAAGCUGGUAGCAGUUUGUGGUCCAUAUCAUCGAAUGACAGCUGGGGCUUACAGCCUUCUUGCUGUAGUUUUAUAUCACACUGGAGACUUCAAUCAGGCCACUAUAUAUCAGCAAAAAGCCUUGGAUAUUAAUGAGAGAGAAUUAGGACUAGACCAUCCAGACACAAUGAAGAGCUAUGGAGAUCUUGCUGUAUUCUAUUACAGACUUCAGCAUACAGAACUUGCUCUUCAAUAUGUAAAGCGUACUUUGUACCUUUUACAUCUUACUUGUGGCAUAUCUCAUCCAAAUACUGCCGCAACAUAUAUAAAUGUAGCCAUGAUGGAAGAAGGCCUGGGCAAUGUUCAUGUUGCCCUCAGAUAUCUACACAAAGCUCUGAAGUGUAACCAAAGGUUACUUGGUCCAGACCAUAUUCAGACAGCAGCAAGUUAUCAUGCUAUAGCAAUUGCGCUCUCAUUGAUGGAGGCUUACCCUUUGAGUGUACAACAUGAACAAACAACCUUGCAAAUUCUCCGAGCAAAGCUGGGCCCCGAUGAUUUGCGUACCCAGGAUGCUGCUGCAUGGCUUGAGUACUUUGAGUCCAAGGCAUUUGAACAACAAGAAGCUGCUCGAAAUGGUACUAAGAAGCCAGAUGCAUCCAUAGCUAGCAAGGGCCAUCUAAGUGUAUCUGAUUUGCUUGACUACAUUAAUCCAAAUCAUGAUGCCAAAGGGAAGGGUAUUGUGGCAGGAAAGAGAAGAAGCUUCGUUAUGAAGGUGAAGGGAAAAGUCCAUCCAGAAAGCUCUGAGGAUUCUCCUAAAGAAGCUGCAAAAGAGGAUUCAGAUGAAGAGAAACAAUUCUCUGAACAGGAAGAUAAACCAGAUGCUAACCAGUGGACUAGCACUGUACCUUUGCAGCCCCAUGCUCCUGUUGCAGAAGAGACAACAGAGGCAAAAAUAAACGUUGAUAAUCACAUUCAUUCUGAAUUACAUGCUGAAGGGGACGAUGGGUGGCAACCUGUCCAAAGGCCAAGAGCAUCUGCUUCACAUGGUGGACGGCGAUUAAAGCAGAGGCGAGCAACUAUUGGGAAGGUUUUUAGUUAUCAGAAAAAGAAUGUUGAUCCUGAUGUGGAAUUCCCUCUUGUCAAGGCCACUAAUCAGAAUAGUAGGUUUUACCUUUUAAAGAAACGAACAAUAUCUCAUGGAGCUUAUACAGAGCAGCACACGAUGAGCCCCUCCCAAGGUUCAAAAUUUGGACGGGGAAUAAUCAGAACUGUUGCAUACAGGGUUAAGUCCACUCCAUCUAGUAAAAGUUCAGCUAAAGUCUCUGGAAAUGGAGGUGAGGUGCUUAAUCCUUCAGGGGGAUCUGCUUCUACCUUUGCACCAAAUGAUCUCCGACCAACAAAAAAUUCUCUAGUCAGUCUUGGGAAAUCUCCUUCUUACAAGGAAGUAGCUUUGGCUCCUCCAGGAAGUAUCUCCAAACUGCAUAUCAGGCCUGAAACUGAUUGCCAUGAUAGCCAAGAGGCCCCAGACCGCAACGCUGAACAUCAUCAAGAUGAAAUUAAUGAGGCAAAAGACAGUUUUGACCAGGUGACUACAGGGACUGAAAACAUAUCUAAAGAGAAGAAUGAAAAUGCUUUGUUGGAUUCAACAGAUAGUUCAAAAGAGGAAAUUGAUGCGGUUGAAACCAAAGAAACUAGGUCACCUGCUGUGAUGGAAGAUAACUCUUCCUUGGUGGAGACUGAGAGAGAGGAAGGACAAGAACUUGAAGUUGGUGGUGAUGAGGCUGGUGAAGUUGUACAGGAUGGCAUAUACAUAAAUUGCAUGCCAAGUUCAAUUGAUUCUCCUGAAAAGGAAUUCUCUGAGAAGGAUUUGUCUCCAAGUUUUGAACCCCAUAGUAUUUCAAGUUCCGCAUUACAAGGGGUAGAAGAAUUGAAGGAGAAACCCUUGGUCCUAACUUCCGGUAACGGUCAGGGACUAACCAAUAGGAAGUUGUCUGCCUCUGCAGCUCCUUUCAACCCAUCAACACCCAUUCCUCGUGCUGCACCAUGCCCCGUGAACAUCGUCCUUCCUCCUGGACCUGGACCUGUUCCAGCCAUUGCACCUUGGCCAGUGAACAUGCCUAUUCAUCCUGCAUCUCCUCCUGUCUUACCAAAUCCAGCAUGCUCUUCCCCUCACCAUCCAUUUCCUUCACCUCCUCCAACUCCAAACAUGAUGCAGCAUCUACCCUUUAUGUAUCCACCCUAUUCUCAACCCCAACCUGUACCAACAAGCACCUUUCCUCUAACUAGCAGCCCUUUUCACCCCAGUCAAUUUUCAUGGCAGUGCAAUGUGGGCCCCAGUGUACCAGAGUUCAUUCCGGGGACAGUUUGGCCUGGUCAUCCAGUGGAGUUUCCCACAACAUCACGGAUUGUUGAGCCAAUUACUGAUCAGAUAUUGGAACCGAAAAUCCAAGGUGAUGAUUCUAACCCUACUUCAGCUUCAAUGCUGCCGGUAGAUAUUGAGACUAUUGGAGAAGCUAAGGAAGAAGUCAACAUUUCAGCAUCUGAAGCAAUAAAUAGUGCUGAUGAAGUAUCUAGAGCUGGGUUGGAAAGCCUGCAGGAAAAUGGUCAUUUGAACCAUUGUCUAGACAACUCUGGAAAUAAACCAAGUCAAUACAACAGCCCAAACAAAAAUGCUGGAGGCAGUGCUGAAAGGAAGAGUGAUGAUGAGAAAACCUUCAGCAUUUUAGUAAGAGGUAGAAGGAACCGAAAGCAGACGUUGAGAAUGCCAAUCAGUUUACUUAGUCGACCAUAUGGCUCGCAGUCUUUUAAACUUAUAUACAACAGAGUUAUCAGAGGGAGUGAAGUUCCAAAAACUACUGGCCUUUAUUUGAGUGAUAAUUGUACAGCUAGUGCCUCAACCACAUAGCUAAAAGCCUUUUUUUUUUCUUGCUGAUUUUACCGUAGCAAGAUUGUCCGAACAGGGUAGAGAACACAAAUUUUGAUCAGUCCUACGAGAGGCGAAGAGAAUUCUUUCUGGCUUUAUGGUAACAGACUGCUUUAUCCAUUGGAUUUGUGAUCUAAAAUGCAGGUAUUUUAUUUGCUUCGUACUAGAUUCAGCUAUAAGUAUGAACAAGGACAAGUGCGGCUUUUCAAAUCAGGUUCAAAUGGUAAUAACUAUUGGGGAUUUAAAGCAGUUGUUAAGGUGACAAUUUUGGUCUAUACUUUAGUUAUAACAAUUUUUUAAAUCAUAGAAUUUUAAACACUGAUUUCACCUUUUCGAUCUUCAAUAGAAAUGACAUUGAUAGUUGGUUUUAUUCAA